CUUCUAGAAACUUCGAUAGAAAAAUCGAAUUUGCGCUGCUGUCCAUCCCUAGAUACAUUUUGUUUAUACAUUUCAAGCAUAAGGACGAAAUGAUUGAUGCCUGCACGAUGCAGGACGUGUCGAAAUUCGAAUCCAACCAGGAGAUCUCGUCGAAGGUGCUCCGCGGCGAGUACCGGCUGCUGCGGCGCAAGCAACGCGGCUCCGUUUGGAAGGUCUACCGGGAAAUCGUGCGCACCGACGGUGCCAUAAUCAAUGGACUCUACUUCUGUACUGGCUGCAAGCGCGUCAUGCGAUCCUUCAAUACGUCCAAUCUGCGCACCCACAAGUGCCAUGUGGACUACCUGCGCACCGAGGAGUUGUGCGAGGAUGGAAUCGCGGAAAUCCAUUCUCCUAAGCUAGACGAUUCGUUGGAGCGCCGCCUGAGCUGGAACAACUUUCAGCCGGCGGAGUGGUCCUUCCACGCAGUCGAACUGCUCCUCGAGCUCUGGGCACAACACUGCGUCGAUUUGCGGGACACACGCAAGCGGGUCAAGGUUAUCUGGAAAAUGACCGGCGAGAUGAAGACACUGGGAUUCACGUUCACGGAAAUCAAGAACAAAAUUGACGACAUGGGUCAACAAUAUCGACGAGAAUCGCACAUGGAAAAAACGACUGGACACAAAUCCGAGUGGGAAUACUACGAGACUCUAAAGAUGAUAUUUACUUCCGAUCGUAACAUUAUUGACAGUAUGCCCUUGGAAAACUCUGGAAAUGUACCCAUCACGACCAGCGAACAGAAUUCAUUUGGCAGUCAACUUGAUGAACCAUUGGUGUCCAAUUACUUACAGUCGCAAAAUGUACAGACCAGGGAAAGGGAUGGCUUCGAUAGAAACGAAUGUGCGGAAGACGUACAAGAAGACGUGGAUGAACUGCGCAUUCUGAAGGAUAACAUUAUUAGGGAAAUAGAAGAAUCAUCCACUGUGCAUUCCCAGGAGAACUACGAAGACGAGCUCGAUCAACAGAAUUCGAAAACUGAGGAAAUGAGAAGGUCUAAACGCCAAAGAGCCGCUAGAAUGAUGGAAAUAGAGGAGGAAAAGCUGGUCAUAGAGAAGAAAAAAUGCAAACUGAUGAAGUUUUUUGUACGAGAGAUGUCGUCGUUUCAUAAAGACUUUAUGGAUCUUCUUAGUAAUCCCAAAGAAGGCUCACAUUCAUAAAUACCCGUUCGCAAAUAAAGUUCUUACUUUUAUAAAACAUGUAGAAAUCUUCAUUUCGAUAUUGUAUUGAAAA